GCCCCGCCCUUGCCAGGGCAGCGCUUCCGCUUCCCGCGGCCCCGGCGCGGCGCUCCCUGCGCGGCCGGCGGAUGGCGAGCUACAGCCGGGCGGCCCAGCAAUGGGCUACUUUUGCCAGAGCCUGGUACCUCCUCGAUGCGAAGAUGCAGCCCCCAGGAAAAAUAGCAGCUGCCACUGUAAUCAGACUCGAAGGCAGACAUAAACCUAUUUAUCAUGCACUAAAUGACUGUGGAGAUCACGUUGUCAUAAUAAAUACAAGACAUAUUGCCUUCUCUGGUAACAAAUGGGAACAGAAAGUAUAUUCUUCACAUACUGGUUAUCCUGGUGGUUUCAAACAAGUGACAGCAACUCAGCUUCAUUUGAAGGAUCCAACUGCUAUCGUUAAACUGGCUGUUUAUAGAAUGCUUCCAAAAAACCUUCAGAGAAGAACUCUGAUGCAGAGGCUACACCUGUUCCCUGAAGAUGUAAUUCCAGAAGAUAUAGAGAAGAACCUUCUACAAGAGAUUCCUCAGCCACGUGCAGUCCCCAAGAGGUUAGAUGAAUAUACACCAGAAGAAAUUGCUGCCUUUCCGAAGGUUUGGACUCCACCUAAAGAUUUUCGAAGGAAGUAAUAACAAGAAAAGAAGACGUCAUCAGGAGUGUCUCUCUUCCUUCAAAGAAAGUUCUUCUAAUAUGGAAACAUUUGUGCAGCUCAGUCAACCCUUGUAUACUGAAUGUUUCUGACAGCUGUUAGCAAACGUGACUUGGCAAGAUUAUAAAAAUUAACGUAUUUGAAACAGCUAAGAAUAGGCAUUAUCUUGUUAAUACCAUCUGUACUCUGCAUUGUAUGAUCUGGUAUUUGUUAAUGAUAUUUGAUUUGAUACUGUUAUUAAAGAAUUAAUAUCUUUGUAAUGAGUAUUUGCAUCUUAUAGAAACAAUACAUUGACUACUGCUAUGAAGUAGCUGACUCUAAAAGUUGCGAAACUUGAAUCCCGUGCAGGAGGAGCAGAGAAUAAUUAUGGUCAUCAGCCAUAAUAUUUUAUCCUUGAGCUUUGGGAAUCUUCUGAUACAUUUUGCUCUAAGGACCAAAAUGACAACUACUAUUUUUUUAAUAAUCUUACUUUUUCAGACUACUGUUCAUCUCCAUCUAAAUCUAAAUCUUAGGUGUGCUGAAUGACAACAGUAAGGGUGACUCUACUUUCUAGCUGCUGAAUGUCAUUAAAUGUGUUCCUAAUGGUAUUCUGCUCAUGAUGUUGAGGUGUUACAUGAUUGUCAUUAGGAGUCUCGAUAUCCCUGUGGUUCUGUCUGCCUUGGAAAGUAGCCAGGCAGAGCAUUGCUCCAGCUGGGCCUGGCUUUCCAAGAUGGCACACUCUGCACUCCAGUGUUGGUAACUCUGCUUGUUACCAACCAGAACACCCAUUUGGGGCUGUGCAGAGCAUUUUCUGAAGUGACUCUUCCUCAUGAGGAGGAGGUCUGCUGACAACCCAGUGUAGAACAGAUUUCAUUAAAGAGCUUGUUGAAAUAACAGGUAGUAAAGGCAGAUCACAGAGAUACUUUACCUUUUUUUACCCCUUCAGCCUCAAUUGGAUUUUCAUUCAAGUCACAGGAAUAUGCCUUACUUACUUUAAGUAACAUAUUACAGAACAAAGCAGCAACAUUUUUAUUAUGAAAACCAAAUAAGGAAACCAAACUUAAGUGUUGAAUGAUGCAAAAAAAGUCUAAAAAUUUACUUCACUUUUGCAAGUUACUUCCCUGAAAUUCCUUUCUGCUUUCCUGCUCCGAAAACCCUCAAGCCAAAGCUGUUCUGUAGAUAAGUAAAGCACCUGUUUUCUGUGUUGUAGGAAAUGCUGGUACAUUAUUUGCCAAAUUUUACCAUGUUUGGUAAGGAGAAUUUGAGUGUUCUACAUUUGUUUCGUACAAGCAUCAUACAGGAAGAAAACCAGAUGUUUAUUUAUAACCAUAUUUCAUUAUGUGAAAUAAAGAAAUUAACUGGG